AUGCCUCGAGAUCCGCUGAUUGGACUGGUGGGCAAGUCGGUAAGUGAACCCAAAUUCAGUUAUAAUCGAUUCGCAAUCCUAAUCAAUUAUGCUCUAAACAGGAAAUUUCCCGUAUGUGCGCCCCGAUUGUUCUACACGAGCAUCUCCACCUUAUCGCAGUUCGUCGCGCAGGCCGUGUUGACACCCGACAGCUUCACAACCAUUGACCCCCAGAGAGCCAUCGGAUACCUUCAAAUUGACUGCCCAUGUCAGCGACACAAUGUUUCAGAUCGGUGCCAGCCCAAUUACGGAGGCUGCCACGAAGGCCGACGUUCCGUGCCGAUUGAGUUGCUAGAUGUCGCAGGUCUUGUGCCAGGUGCGCAUCAGGGUCGCGGACUAGGUAACAAGUUCUUGGACGAUUUGCGUCACGCCGAUGCUCUUAUUCAUGUCGUGGAUGUGAGCGGGACCACGGAUGCUGAAGGAAAGGCUACUCGAGGAUAUGAUCCAUCAGUGGACAUUGAGUGGUUGCGGUCAGAGAUCGUGCGAUGGGUGUUAGGAAACCUGAUGGAGAGGUGGGGUUCUAUCAAGAGGCGACACCAGGCAUUGAAGGCAAACCCCAUCGACACAUUGCAGAAGCAGUUUGCCGGAUAUGGAAGUACCCAUGCCACUGUUGCGCGAUUUAUGGAUAAACUUGCCUUAAAAGAGCCAUUGGAAGAUUGGUCAAAUGAGACGGUAGAGCUUGUUGUUAACGCUUUCAUCGACGAGAAAUUCCCCACGGUGUUCGCAUUGAACAAGAUCGACCACCCAGAUGCAGACAAGAACAUCAGCAAGAUUGCGAAAAUGCAAGAUCCCCAAAGCAUUGUGCUUUGCUCCGCUAUAUCUGAAGUUUUCCUCCGAAAGCUAGCAAAGCAAGAGUAUAUUAAGUACGUCGAGGGCAGUGAGUUUGUCGAUACUCGAGAAGAUUUGAUCGAGAUGGGCGAUCCAGAUGGAGGAGGCCUCAAAGAGAUGGACGAAAAAUUGAAAACUCGGGUUGAGAACAUGAAAGACAUGGUGCUGUAUCGAUUUGGAUCUACCGGAGUCGUCCAAUGUCUUUCCCGAGCGGCAGAGCUUCUAGGCCUCGUACCAGUGUUCCCGGUCCGGAACGUGGCGACAUUCAACUCUGGCACUGGAACUGCCGUAUUCCGCGAUUGUGUUUUGGUCAAUAAAAACAGCACUGUCGGUGAUGUUGCCCGGAAGGUGAUGGGUGAUGUACCUAUCAACUAUGUCGAAGGAGUGGGUGGAACCCGAGUCUCCGAGGAUGACAUUGUGGGAGUUGGGAAAAACGAUAUCCUAUCGUUUAAGGUUGGUCGGUAG